AUGCAAGGUAUCGAUUUGUUGAAUGUUUCUCUUAAUAAGUCCACGGACGAACAGAAAGGUGUAGAUAAACCUACCGACGAGCAAGCCUCAUCAACAAUGUCGAGCAGUGUUCAGUCUGGGAUCUUAAACGAAGCCUUGGCACUUUCUCAAGCGAUGGAAAAGUUAAAGAUUGUAUCAGACGAGCAGUUUGAGUGUGCUAAAGAACGAUUUAAAGAUGCACGUAGAAGAGCAACCGACUCUUUCUCUAACCAAGCUUUGAGCAUCGAAGACAGACUGAUGGCGGCGAAACUACACAUUGUUGCGACGAUUUUGGAAUGCCUCGAAUCACCAGAAACAGCGAUCAUAGCGUGUCUGUCGUUUCUUAAGGAAUUGCACGGUCUUGAGGCAAUUGUCGGGAUAUUCUCCGUGUAUCUCAAUCGUGGGUUCAUCAUGUCGAGAUUGAAUAAAGCACAGCGAGUAGAAUGCGUCAAGUCUGUUAUGUUAGUCAAUUAUACUUUAUUCCAAUUUGUUUUCAAAUUCAGCAGCAGUAAGUCUUCUUCCGCAUACGCCUGGCCAACGAUUGAACUUGCUGAACGUAGUUUUAACCCAAUAUUGCACUGGCAAGAGGUUUCGACAAGAAAGUCUAUGGGCGACGAACUGACCCAAUUCGCCAACCGACUGAUACUUGAUGAAGAUAUAACUCCUGGUUGUUCUGCUGUAAACAGCCAUGGGGACGUUGUUGUUGGAAGACAUGCUGACACCAUCAAGAUUAUAUCGAAGACAGGUGAAAGCAAGGUGGUUAAAUUACCUGAACUCAGUGCAGGUAAAGUUAUCAGCCAACAUUUUGCAUCACUUGCUGUUGAUAAGAAUAACAAAGUUUACGUGGUGAGAUGGCUUCAAACACGUACGGAAAAUUACAUGUUAGAUGUACUGGACGAUAACUACAAUGUAGAGCGGGACUCGCGCAGAUUGGAAUAUCUCAAGGCAACAAAAUAUUACGCUGUGAGGAUCGCUAUAACCAAGAACAAUAAUAUCGUUGUGAUCCAAGACGGUAAUCCCCAGGUGUAUAUCUGUGACAAUACCGGGAAAUUAAAGAACAAGUUUGAACGAGGAUCACAUUAUAUACGCGCCUUAGGUAUUUGCGGGCAGAAUGAAAUCAUGAUACCAUCAGACAAUUUCCAGGCUGUGGUGAUAUACUCCGAGAAAGAAAAUCUGAAGUCAACAGUAAAACUACCAGAAGAUCACGAAGUCUAUGGGUUGGCAUUUAAUUAUGUCAUUUGUAAAAUAAUUGUCUUAACCUAUGUCGAGAAAAAAGAUUCCUAUUUCUUACUGUGCUAUACUGAAGCAGGUGAACUGGAGACCACAACGUUAUUUUCUAAGAAAAUUGGCUAUGAAUAUAUGCCCGAAAUUAAGUCUCAUCCAAGUGGUCCUGUUGCUAUUGUAAGGGAGAAAAGCAUCACUUUCUUGUGA